AUGUUUCAGACCUUGUACAACUACUUCUGGUGGGACCGGCUUUGGUUGCCGGCCAACCUGACCUGGGAUGAUGUCCAGGGCCUGGAUGACCAAGUCUACAGCAAAGCCGCUCACCUCUACUACACCAUUCCUCUGAGCUUCGUCUUCCUCAUCGUCAGGCACUUCUUCGAAAUCUACAUCGCCACCCCUCUGGCUGGGCUCUUGAACGUCAAAGAAAAAACCCGAUUAAAAGCCAGCCCCAAUCCGGUGCUAGAGAAAUUCUACUCCACGUCCUGCAAACAUCCCAAACAGGCGGCGGUCGAGGCGCUGUCUAAACAAAGCGGCUGCACCCCGCGGCAGGUGGAACGCUGGUUCCGGCGACGACGAAACCAGGAUCGCCCCAGUUUACUCAAGAAAUUCCGGGAAUCCAGUUGGAGAUUCACGUUUUACCUUAUUGCUUUCAUUGCUGGCAUGGCUGUGAUCGUGGAUAAACCUUGGUUUUACAACCUGGAAGAAGUUUGGGACGGCUACCCCUAUCAGGCCUUGCUUCCUUCCCAGUACUGGUAUUACAUGACCGAGCUGUCGUUUUAUUUGUCGCUCUUGUUCAGCAUCGCCUCAGACGUGAAGCGGAAGGAUUUCAAGGAGCAGGUGAUCCAUCACGUGGCCACCAUCGUCCUGAUGAGUUUCUCCUGGUUCACCAACUAUAUCCGGGCCGGGACCCUCAUCAUGGCCCUGCAUGAUGCCUCCGACUACCUGCUGGAGUCAGCCAAGAUGUUCAACUACGCCGGCUGGAAGAACACCUGCAACAGUAUCUUCAUCGUGUUUGCGGUCAUCUUCAUCAUCACCCGCUUGAUCAUCCUUCCUUUCUGGAUUCUGCACUGCACCAUGAUCAUCCCUUUAAAGGUGUAUCCUCCCUUUUUCGGCUAUUACUUCUUCAACGGCAUGAUGGUGAUCCUCCAAUGCCUCCACGUAUUUUGGGCCUACCUUAUCAUUCGCAUGGCUCAGAAAUUCAUAACUGGAAAGACAGUGGAGGACGAGCGAAGCGACCGGGACGAAACAGAUUACUCCGUAGAGGAAGAAGAAAAGGCUGUUGCUGCGGACGCCGGGCCCAGCGCGGGAACCAAAAACGGCCCUCUCGCCAACGGGCACCCCGUCUUGAACAAUAACCACCAGAAAGUAGAAUAA